AUGUCCGACCAAGACAAUAUUGGAGAGAUCUCGGCUGACCACUAUAGCUACUGGAUUCUGAUCCCCAUCACGAUUGUCAUGGUCCAGACUGGCGUCCUGCGUCAUUACGCCUCUGUGCUCCUCCAGACAGCCCCGAAAAAGCAGGACGCCCCGGCCAUGCGUGAACAGCGAUCCCUCGGUCGCGGCGUAGCACUCCGCUCCAACUACCAUGCUCUCUCCAAGAAGUCCUUCGAGAGCCGUCGCGACUACCUCAUCUCGGCUUAUGAGAAUGGCGAUUUUUUGAAGGAGCCUGAGAAGAAGGGCCAGCCUCCGGCGAACCCCAUGUCAGACCCCAGUGCCAUGGACGGUAUGAUGGGCAUGAUGAAGAACAAUAUGGCCAUGAUGAUCCCAAACACCCUGAUCAUGAGCUGGAUCAACGCCUUCUUCAGCGGCUACGUGACCAUGAAACUCCCGUUCCCCUUGACCAUCAAGUUCAAGAGCAUGCUCCAGGCUGGCGUCCAGACGAAGGACAUGGAUCCCAGGUGGAUGUCUAGCAUCAGUUGGUACUUCUUGUGCAUCUUUGGUCUUCAGUUUGUCUACGUCUUCCUCCUGGGUAGCGACAACGCCGCUAGUCAGCUCAACCAGCAGAUGCAGGCACAGCAGAUGCCAAACCCCAUGAUGGGUGGUCCCGGUCAAGAUCCCGACAAGCAGUUCAAGGCUGAGGCCGAGAACCUGGCCGUCGUGGACCACUAUUCUGUCCUGGACGAUGUCGAGGGCCGUCUCCUGGCCAGUCUGAACAAGGCGUAG